AGGAGGAGGACAAGAAUGGCAAAGUCGCAUGUUGUCCUUUUGGCGUAUCAUUACACGAUCCUCUUCGCAGUUUCUCGUUCUUCGAUCAAAUUCCUUCCAGGAUUUGAGGGUCCUCUUCCCUUUGAGCUCGAAACUGGUUAUGUCGGCGUGGGCGAGUUCGACGAUGCACAGCUCUUCUAUUACUUUGUCAAGUCUCAGACAAAUCCGAAGGAGGAUCCUCUUAUGAUAUGGUUGACCGGUGGACCAGUUUGCAGUUCUGCUUCUGCCCUCUUUUAUGAAAUCGGUCCUCUUACUUUCAGAGUUGAAGAGUACAAUGGGAGUUUACCCACUUUGGUUUCGACUUCGUAUUCUUGGACAAAGGCCGCGAGCAUAAUAUUUGUGGAUUCCCCUGUGGGUUCUGGUUUUUCAUACGCGAGGAAACCGUCUUCUUCUCGAGCUGGGGAUACCAUACAAGUUCAUCAGGUUGAUCAAUUCCUUAGGAAGUGGUUGAUGGAUCAUCCUGAAUUCCUCUCAAAUCCCUUUUACGUCGGGGGAGAUUCAUACUCUGGAAUUAUCGUACCUGCUCUCGUUCAUCAUAUCCACAUCGGAAACGAAAAUGGUGUCACUCCUCCUAUAAAUCUUCAGGGAUACGUUCUUGGAAACCCCGCAACAGACGAAAAUUCUGAUACAAAUUCUCGUAUUCCGUUUGCUCACGGAAUGGGGCUUAUUUCCGACGAGCUGUACAAGUCGGUGUCGGGGUUAAAUACGUUGCAUAUAUUAUUACCGGAUUGUGGAUCAGAUUCAACGAGGCAACAUAUCAUCAAAUUCAGUGGAGGAAGGAUCCUCGGAGAAACUCUGAACCCUACACUGUCAUUACCAUGGUUUGGCUGCUAUCUUUACAAAUUUCUCCUGUCAUCCUUUUGGGCAAACGAUGAAAAUGUCCGAAGAGCCUUACAUGUCAGAAAGGCAAGUAUAGGGCUGUGGUCUCGGUGCAACACAGAUAAGGUACCGUACUCGAAAGACAUACCUUCGAGUUUCCAGUAUCACGCCAUCAACAGUGCUAAAGGCUUUCGGUCGCUGAUCUACAGUGGUGAUCAUGAUUAUGUGGUGCCUUUUCUUGGGACGCAAGCAUGGAUAAGAGCUUUGAACUAUUCCAUUAUCAACGACUGGCGACCGUGGUUGAUAGAUAACCAGAUUGCCGGAUAUACGAGAACGUACGCGAAUAAGAUGACAUUUGCCACGAUCAAAGGAGGAGCUCACACUGCAGAUUAUAAACCAAAAGAAUCAUCUGUUCUGUUUGAGAGGUGGAUAAGAGGAGAGCUUUUAUGAGUCCCACAUCGGAAAAGAGAGCAAUAUUUAUUAGUUUUACAUAGUAUUGAGACAUUGUCUAGAUCGGAUUAAAACCAUAGAACUAGUAUCGUCUCAUUUUUUCUUUUGCGUCAUACUUCUCGAUAACUCAAGAGUUGAACUAAAACAGAAAAAUAUUUCCACUUUUUCCGUUUUUUUUUUAUAAUCCGGCAUUCUGGGUUAAAGCCCAGACUAAUCUAGGGAAUAGGAACCAGUCAUGUGAUUUGUAUUAUACGUUCUCUUCCUAA